AUGCCCUGGCAGAGCAAGUGGAAUAUCACCAUCUGCCACCUCACUCACCGCCUCUUCCACCUGAGCCGCCUCUCUAAGUUUCCCUUCUUUCCACAAGCUCUUGACAAGCAACUCCUUAGUCUUAAAAUCGGGCAUCAGGCCCGAAUUCCUCAUAUCCUCAAAAACCCUCAAAGCAAGAGAAGCCCCAUCACAUUUACAGUAAGCACAAAUCAAUACCUUGUACAUGUAAGCAUCGGGCUCCAUCCCGCCCUGCCUCACCAUACCAAGCAACCUCUGCACUGUCUUGAUAUCCCCUUGAAGAGCAGAGACGAAUACAAUAUCAGCCGACCGUUUUUGGACAGUGGCCUGCAAACUGCGUUCGAGUUUCGAAAAACGUCUAAAGCAGCAUCGCCUUUCUUCGAAAAGCCGUAA